GACGGAUAAUCCGCGUAUCCCAGAGCCGAGCGAGUGCGGGGGACAUGGCCCAAGGGAAUAAUUACGGGCAGACCAGCAACGGGGUGGCGGAUGAAUCACCCAACAUGCUGGUGUACAGGAAGAUGGAAGACGUCAUAGCUCGCAUGCAGGAUGAAAAGAAUGGGAUUCCCAUUCGAACUGUCAAGAGCUUCCUUUCCAAGAUUCCUAGCGUCUUCUCUGGGUCAGACAUUGUUCAGUGGCUAAUAAAGAACUUAACUAUAGAAGAUCCAGUGGAGGCACUCCAUCUGGGGACAUUGAUGGCAGCCCACGGCUACUUCUUUCCAAUCUCAGAUCACGUCCUCACGCUCAAGGACGAUGGCACCUUUUACCGCUUCCAAACACCCUACUUUUGGCCAUCAAAUUGCUGGGAGCCAGAAAACACAGACUAUGCGGUUUACCUCUGCAAGAGGACAAUGCAGAACAAGGCAAGGCUGGAGCUAGCAGACUAUGAAGCUGAGAGCCUGGCCCGGCUGCAGAGAGCAUUCGCCCGGAAGUGGGAAUUCAUUUUCAUGCAGGCAGAAGCACAAGCAAAGGUGGACAAGAAGAGGGACAAGAUUGAAAGGAAGAUCCUUGACAGCCAGGAGAGGGCCUUCUGGGACGUGCACCGGCCUGUGCCUGGAUGUGUAAAUACCACUGAAGUGGACAUUAAGAAGUCUUCCCGCAUGAGAAACCCCCACAAAACACGCAAGUCUGUCUACGGUUUACAAAAUGAUAUUAGAAGUCACAGUCCUACCCACACACCCACACCAGAAACUAAACCUCCAACAGAAGAUGAAUUACAACAACAGAUAAACUAUUGGCAAAUACAGUUAGAUAGACAUCGGUUAAAAAUGUCAAAAGUUGCUGAUAGUCUGCUAAGCUACACGGAACAGUAUUUAGACUAUGACCCAUUUUUUGUGCCACCUGACCCUUCUAACCCAUGGCUGUCUGAUGAUACCACUUUCUGGGAACUUGAAGCAAGCAAAGAACCAAGCCAGCAGAGGGUAAAACGGUGGGGGUUUGGCAUGGAUGAAGCAUUGAAAGACCCAGUUGGGCGAGAACAGUUUCUUAAAUUUCUAGAGUCAGAAUUCAGCUCUGAAAACUUAAGGUUCUGGCUGGCCGUGGAGGACCUGAAGAAGAGGCCUAUUAGAGAAGUCCCCUCCCGAGUUCAGGAAAUAUGGCAAGAGUUUCUGGCCCCAGGAGCCCCCAGUGCCAUUAACCUGGAUUCUAAGAGCUACGACAAAACCACCCAGAACGUGAAGGAGCCGGGACGGUACACGUUCGAAGAUGCUCAGGAGCACAUUUACAAAUUGAUGAAAAGUGAUUCAUACCCACGUUUUAUAAGAUCCAGUGCCUAUCAGGAGCUUCUACAGGCAAAGAAAAAGGGGAAAUCUCUCACGUCCAAGAGGUUAACAAGCCUUGUUCAGUCUUACUGAAGGACCCUUCCGUAGCAUGGGAGCAGACUGAGUCGUUGCUUAUACUUUUAGCUCUUCGUUGUUACCCGGAGCAGAGGACUUUAGAACAAGAUGUUGCAUGAGCGAAGGACCUGAGUUAUUCUUCCUUUGUGUGCCAUCUCCAAGGGACUCUACCAUCUCAAUGCCUCCAUUUCGAAAUGUUGUCUGCUUACUUCCUCCGCGUACUAAGCCGGAUCUGUGUCUCUUCCUUUUUAUCAAGUCCAAGUGAAGUAGACUUUUUAUUUCCCCCCCUUUCUCUCUCUCUCUCUCUCUCUUAGAGCUUCUGCUAGACACACUGAACAUUCAGCCAGUCACAAACUGGAGGAAUUGUAAAAGAAAAAAAAAAACAGCAUAUAUCAAUAAGUAUGCAUAUGGCUUCACAUUUAUUAAACAAUAAAUUAGCACAGAAAGUUUCAUUUCACCUAAGUACUCACAGAAACGAGCUCAUAUCUUUUGUCUGUUGUCUGGACAUUCUGUUAAUGUUUCUUGCAUUUAUUUUUAUACCGUAUUUAAAUAAGAAAUACCUUUUACUCCAAAUGGAUUAAAGUUAAUUCCUUCUCUGUA